CCUGCCGUGUAGGGGUGGGGGGGGGCUGUAAAUCCUUCACCAGGAUGAGUCACAAGGAGCCGCUGGCAGAGCGCUGCCGAGCUGUUUGUGUGACACGCCUCGCUGUGGAGCGUGAGAGCUUGACCCGGGCGGUCUGGAGCAGCUGAUACUGCAGGGAGCUGGACAGUUCCCAGGAAUUUCCUGGAAAUGAGUCUUUACCAGAGGAAAUUAGCGUGCAGGAUUUAGGAAAUAUUCAAAUUGUCGAUUUAUAUUGGAGUUUUAUUUUAUGCAAAUGUUACUUUGUAUAACUGAUCAGUUAUGGUCAUUUGUCAUAAACUGAGUUAUCACUGUUUGGUCAGAAGCGGAAAAGUUGAUACAUCUUUUAAAUGACGGCCAGCACCCACCUUCACUCCUGAGUGAACGAAGGCUGAUGGCCAGGCGCUAACGGGUUGAGACCCCCGGUGAAGCCCUGUCGAGCUCCAGUAGGCCUUAAAUACUCUGGUGGGGAUGGCAGAGAGAAGGAUGGACAGACGGACGGAUGGAUGGAUGGAUGGAUGGAUGGGGCAAAUAUAAGGCAGCAAAAGUUAGUAUCAUAUAUGAGCAUGGCCUAAGCCAAGCUUUAGUACGUAACUGGUGGUGAUUGAGGGUGGGUGUGUUCCAGCCAGCCUCCACAUCUGAUUGUUCUGUCCAUUUUCCCAUUUUUGGAUUGGGCGGCUCCUGCUUAUCAUAGACUGUGCACAACCCGGACACGCCCCCAGCAUGCUCAGUUUUUCUGAAGAGUGCUUUUGAAGUCUGUUCUUCCGUGUGUUGGACAGCAUCGUGUUGUAAAUGUGCGGAAGCUGACUAGAACACGUUAGCCUGUAGAGGAAUUGUUUUUAUGUAUGUACAGUCAUUUGGUUGAAAUCUAGCGCUGGGAACGUUCUACUUCAAAAUGAUCUAUAACGGCCUUUCUCAAACUGUGGUACGCGUACCACUAGUGGUACGCGGGCUCCCUCUAGUGGUACGGCACGCAAAAUAAUCACUUAUACUAAAAAAAAAAUGUAUAAUUUAAAAGGUGAAACACUAUUUAAUAUAUGAGAAUGUAUGAAAAAACUGUAUCAACCGAUGACAAAAAAUAAAGAAAAUUAAGACAAUGAAUUAAGUUAAUCAUUUUAAAAAGCCGCAAGUGUUUCUGGGUAAUGUAGGCAAUAUUCCCGCCGCUGCAGACGCCGCUUGUAGCGGAAGAUGGUUUAGUUACCGUAAUAACAAGGAUUUUAAAAAUGAAGCGUUCAACAAAACUAUUGUCGUGGCUUAAAUCAACAAAAACAGAUGUGCAACAGGAGACAACAAGAACCGAAGAGGAGGACGUGUGUGAGCCUAGCACAAGCGCGAACAGUGACGCCAGUACCAGCCGCCCCACAACACCUGCUACUGUUACCAAAAAACGACAAAAAACAGUAAGGAGAUAUGACGAGAACUACAUCAAAUUUGGAUUUAUUUGUAGCGGAACAGAGGAAGAGCCCAGACCGCAGUGUGUGCUGUGUGGUGACCUGCUGUCCAAUGAAUCAAUGAAACCCUCGCAUCUCACCCGGCAUCUAACAACCAAACACCCGGCACUUGCGGACAAACCAGUGAGUUUUUUUUUACGAAAACGUGAAGGACUGAAGCAGUCAAAGUCCGCGAUUCAGUCCUAUGGUACACCCACAAGCAAAGCACAGGAAGCAUCAUAUCGUGCCAGCCUCCAGAUCGCCAGAGCCGGUAAGCCUCACACAAUUGGAGAAGAGCUGUGUUUACCAUUAACCAAAGAGAUUACAAAGAUCAUGUGUGGAGAAGAUGCUGCCAAGAAGUUAAACUUCGUGCCGCUUUCAAACGACACAGUAUCAAGAAGAAUAACAGACAUGGCCAACGAUGUUAAAAACACACUGAUUGAACGCGUUAAAAAAAGCCGAUAUUUUUCCAUACAGCUUGAUGAGACAACAGACGUCGCAGAUUUAGCACAAUUAUUGAUUUACGUGCGAUAUGAAAAUGACGGUGCAGCUACGGAGGAUUUGUUGUUUUGUCAACCACUUCAGACCAGAACUACAGCAGACCAAAUAUUCCAAGUACUAAAUGAGUUUAUGCAAGAGAACGGACUGGACUGGAAAAGGUGUGUGGGUGUGUGUACGGAUGGAGCAAGAGCAAUGACUGGCCGUAAUAGCGGGGUAGUGGCCCGCAUCCGAGAGGUGGAUGCGCUGGACUCACUGCAGCAUCCAUCGUGAGGCGCUGGCAGUGAAGAGGAUGCCUGAAGAGCUUAAGUCUGUGCUGGAUUCAGCUGUAAAAACGGUGAACUUCAUCAAGGCCAGACCAAUGAAUGCUCGGUUAUUUCACGUGCUCUGUGAGGAGAUGGGAAGUGAGUAUGUCCAGCUUUUACUUCAUACUGAAGUAAGAUGGCUCUCAAGGGGGAAGGUGCUUUCGAGGCUGUUUGAACUACACAGAGAGGUGUAUCUGUUCUUGCAAGGAACAACCUCCCCCUUCACAGACCUUUUUGAGGAACCAGUGUGGCUCUGCCAGUUGGCCUACCUGUCAGACAUUUUCUCUCGUUUAAAUGAACUCAACUUGGGACUACAGGGACUCUCUGUAAAUGUUUUUGGUGUGCCGGACAAAAUCAAUGCACUGAUAAAAAAACUUGAGUUAUUUGAAAUCAAAGUCAGAGCAGGUGAUGUCUCAGCUUUCCCUGCGUUGGAGAGUUUUUUGUCAGAAAAUGACCUGAUGCUUGAAGAUGGAGUGAGGGAGAACAUCGCUGCACACCUUGCCUCACUCAGAACAGUUCUGCAAGUAUUUCCCAGGGCUGCACAAAGAUGGAGCUGGCAGCUGGAUGAGAAAUCCCUUCACCAUUGACAUUACCCACAUGGUCUCAGGAGACUUAAAUGCUGUUGAGCAGGAGAGUUUGAUAGAACUAUCUUGUGAUGAAACACUGAAGGCUUCUUUCAAAGAGCAAACGUUGUUGGACUUUUGGAUAAAGCAGUACAGUGAGUACCCUGUGCUUUCUGACAAAGCAGUGCGCACUCUCCUUCCCUUUGCAACCACCUACCUGUGUGAGAAAGGCUUCUCUUCACUUGUUGUCAUAAAAACAAAGUACAGAAGCAGAGUGGAGGCUGAGCCCAACCUGAGACUGAAGCUGACCUCCAUUGACCCAGACAUUCCCCGACUGUGUUCACAGAGGCAAGCACACCCAUCACAUUAAGCUCAUAAAGGAGUCACUAAAGCUGAGAAACAGCAAGAACUGUAGUCAGGCAUAGCCUGUUUUUAUUCAGUAAAGUCAGUAAAGUUAUAACAUUUCAGCACAGCACAGUUUUAUUUACAUUUUUAAGUACAGUUUCAAAUAACAUUGAAGAUUUGUUUUAUAUUUAUUUUAUUACAAUGUUUAUUUCAUUUUCAUAUGCAGUGCAUUUUGAUAGAUUUUGUA